UAAUAUAAAAAGAAAUCGUUGGCAAUUGUGCCUUUGCUUUCAAUUAUCUGACUAACAUCUCUCCUCCAUUUCGGGAGAAAAAAACAAAGAAAGAAGAAGCCUUUGGAACCAAACAAGCCUUCUUCUUCCUCUUUCACCUUCUUUUUGUUUGCUUUAUAACCCAGAUUUUGAUCCAAUCCUUUCUAGUUUUAAAGAUAAAAAAAAAUCCAGUUGUUCAGACAAGAUUCCCCGAACUUAAGCUUGUUCUGUUUUCCCGAUACAUAAAAAAAAUGUUAGAAGGAAAAGCAUUAGUGGAAGACACAGAUAUGCCAUUGAAGAUGCAGAACCAAGCUAUGUCUUCAGCUUCCCAAGCUUUGGAUCUUUAUGAUGUUUUUGACUGCAAAUCCAUUGCUGGUUUCAUAAAAAAGGAGUUUGAUGGGAAAUAUGGGAAUGGAUGGCAAUGUGUGGUGGGUUCAAAUUUUGGGUGUUUUUUCACUCAUUCCAAAGGGACUUUCAUCUACUUCACAUUGGAGAGACUCAAGUUCCUUAUCUUCAAAGGUGCUUCCUCACCUUGAUGUCAACGGUUUCAUGGUUUAUUGUGAAUGUUAUCCAUUUUGAUGGACCCAUUAUCUGUGUUUUUUUUACUUUUGAAAUGAUGACAUCUGCUUCUCUCAUCCUCAUGAUGAUAUUGGUUAAAAUGUGUCAUUGCCCUUUCUACUUUUCUAAGAUUUGUAAUUUAGUCUUUCUAUUUUUAUUUUCAAACAAUUUUAUUUUUGUUUUUUUUUAA